AUGUUUUCAGACAGACUUAAGGAGUACCAAAAAUCUAGAAAGGAUGAGAAAAGCAACAUAGAUAAUGUAUUGAACAAAGAAAGCAAAAAAUUACAAGAGAUUGGGAUUGGAAUACGUAAAUUACACAACAAUAUUGAUUAUACUAAAGGUUUAAUAAACAAGAGCUCGGGUAGUAGAAGUAGUAAUAGCAGUGUGGACAGUAGUAAUUUAGGUGUUAAUAAUGCAUGUAGUAAUAUAAAUAGUUUUAGAAUGAAAUUGGAGGAUAUUUCAAGUAAAAUAAGUUAUUCCCCAAGUGUUAUUAGCAAUGAUUCAAAGACCAAGUCUGAUUAUGUACAUACAUUAAGAAGCCAAAACAAUGUUUACAAGAGAAGGGAACUAAUUUCUGAUCAUGAAAAUUUUGGUGAUCAUUAUUCUCAAGUUAAUUAUAAAAAAAGGAAUUUGGAGGAUUACAAUUCACCAAAUGAAAAAUAUAAUAAUAAAUCACCAAUUAAUGAGUUUAGAAUGUUAAAUAAAAGAGUAUUAAUUUCUCACAAAUAUUAUGAUAUCCUAGAACUUCAACCUGGAAGUAACUUGGAGAGUAUUAAAAAAGCAUAUAGAAAAAAAGCUUCAAAGUUGCAUCCUGACAAGCUUGUAUUGAAAAAUCCUGAUCAAAAAGAAAAGAGUUUGGCCAAAUUCAGACAAGUUCAAGAAUCUUAUGAAUUUCUUAGUAACCCAAAUAAAAAAGAGUUAUAUGAUGAGUAUGGUGAUGAUAUUUUAAAAUAUGGAUUUUUAGAUCAUUGGAAUGAAAUGAAGGGUAUAUUUGAGACAAAGGUACCGAAUUAUAAUGAAAUGAAUAAUAAUAUUAAUCAGACAAAAUUUUCUAAUAUACGCUCAGAUUGGGAUAUUUUUUGGCAAGAAGUAUUAGUUCAUUUAUUCUUUAAGCCAAUAUUGAAUAAAAAUAGUAUUGAAUUAAGAGAUUUACCUCCAAUGAAUAUAUCAGUAACUAAUUAUAAAACUUUAAUAAGUAAUUCCUAUAUGUAUUUAAAGAGGUUACUAAGCAUUCCAAGCAGCUUUUUUGGGAAUCCAAUAGUCAUUAAUUUGGAUCCAAUAGAUGAUCUUAAUAUUGUGGAUGAUAAGACUUUGCCUAUGUUAAAAAAAGGAUUAUUUUCAAGAUUUGCAAAUUUUAAUACACAAAAAACAAAGUUCUCAAAUAACUUUGUUAAUGCUCAAAUUAUUGGAUAUAACACAAAUAGUCUGGUAAUUAAUAAAGAUACUGUAGGCUUAGCUAAGAUUUCCAGUAAUAAAACAUCAGUAAAUGAAGCUUUUGGUAUAAUCUUUUGUGAAAGUAAACAAGGAUGGGGAAGAUUCUUAAACUUAGCAAAGAAAGAAUUUGAAAGCAAGAAUGGAAAUACAGAUAACUAUAAUAGUAGUGAUCAUUUGAUUAAUCAAAACUUUAAUAACUUCAAAAGAAGAUUAAAAGAGAUUCAAGCUGAAUUUGACUGGGUUAUACUUGUAUUCCUUUCUGAAGAACAAUUACCUAGUCAAGAUCAAGAACUUCUUUUAGAUUAUUAUAACAUUAAAGACGAUAUUAAAGAUAUUAAGGACUCUGGAGAUGUAAAUAAUCUAGAUAUUAUUGAAGAGAAAGUAGAUGAAUCUCAAGCUUCAGACUUAUUUCCUUGCCUUAUACAAAAAUCAAAAAAUUCAAACCUCUCAAAUCGUAGCUCUGAUAUCUCGUAUUCCAGACCAUCAAAUGCACAAAUAAAUCAAAUAAUUAAACAACUUGAACUUUUGUCUAACAUUGAUAGUGACCUUAAUAACCACCCAAUUAUUGACAUGAUUGCCUCUGAAGUGGGAGAGGCGCCAUGUGUGGGGAAAGGCGGGAAACAUGCAUGCUAA